GGCCAUACAAUCCUACACUGCAUCAAACAGAAUUUGGAGUUUCUUCUCGUUCGUGUGUGCUCUAAAAAAGUUCAGUCACAAGCAGAGACAAUGUUAGAUUUCAAUUUCCUUGGUAGAAGGUGGCAGGUUUAUUAGUUAUGUGAUUGGCGACGAUGAGAAGCGAAAGUUCGUGCAGUGCAUUGUGUCAACAUCCCGAAUGUUGGAGAGCUAACUUACAAAGAGUGAAAGAUGCUGUCAGGUUAAGAAACGGAAUACAGAGUCAUGAUCAUGAAACAUCAGUUGAAAAGGAUUUUACAACUGUGGAUGAUCGAAAGACUCCCGUUGAAGAUGGUAAGCUAGAGACAAGGUCGUAAAUUUAUAAUGGUGACGCAUAACAUAAUUGGUUUAAGCAGUUUCAAUUUAUCGACUGGCAUUAAAUAAUCAUUUACAUUUAAUUACCUUUUUAUUGAUCAUGAAAUCCAUUGUGUUAGUGUAUUUCAUUUAAGCAGUGCAGUUCAGGCACUCAACUGGGAUCUUGUUAAUUUGGGCACCCAGUCUAACCCCUCGGCCAAGUAUUGGUUGACAAUAGCGGCCAAUACUCGGUCAACAUCUUUGCCAACAUAUCGGUCGACUAUUAGUCGACUUUUUGACUGAUCAGCUGACAUAUUGGUCGACAUGUAGACCGACACUUGUCCACAUGUCGGUCGACAUGUCUACCAGGUAUCGGUUGAUACUUGGUCGGUAUACUGAUCAACACUCAGUCAAUACGGCAAGUGUCAAGUGUCAGCAGAAUAUUGGUGGACUGUCAGUGGCAUAUCGGUUGACUGUUGUAUAAUGUAAUUUGUGUUAAUCAGAAGUGAAAAGUAAGAACAGACAGCACCUCACAGAAAUGUUCAACAAAGCCACACACCUAAGAAAUCUGACCAUGAAUCAGGGCUUGUAUCCUCUCAACCCCCUUGCUGGGUGUUUCUUGGUUUUGCGGAGACUAUUGCUGGUUACACAUAGCUAUUGUCUUGUAGUGUGGGUAUUCUUCAGUGCCUUUUUCAGUCUCUUUAAUUACAUCAUUUAGUGAUUACAUUCAUCUGCAACACCAAGAGACCCUCAGCUCUGUGUCUCCUCUAUUCAAUUGAGGGUGGAUUUCCACUGUUGUGUAAUUUUUAUAUGUGUAUGUUGUGGUUCAAAUUUAUCCUUGGUUUAAAUUUUACUUUCCUUUGUUUUAAACUCAUUAUCGUGCAUUACCAUACCUAUAAACCAGGGGAAAUGAAAUUUAAACCAAGGAUAAAAUUGAACCACAACAUGUACGCACGUAAAUUUUACACACUGAAAUAAAAUAGAGGCAAUGUAUUGAAGGUGUACACUUAAAAGUUAAACCUAGCUCAACUUUGACUUUUACGCGCGGUUUUUUUAUACAACACAUGUAAAAUUUAUGUGCAUACACAUGUAAAAAUUACACAAUAGUGGCAGUCCACUUUAAGGAUGCAAGUUUGAAGAAAAACAAUCGAGCAGACACUUGCAAUUUAUUAUGCUCUUGCUAUAGACUGGUUAAAGCUGCCAAAGUCCCUGCCUGGACCACAGAAACAAAAAAAAAAGAACUAACAUGCAGGAAAUAUAACUUCAGAAGAAGGGUUGACCAUUAAGUAUCAGUUAAGUAUCGGCCAAAUGUUGGUGGCCUAUCAAUCAAUGUGUCGCCUGAUUAUCGGUCAAAAUACCAACCAACACUAAUAAAUCACUGGCUGACAUGUUGGUCAACAUGUCUGCCGACCCUGGUUCGACUAUCGGUCGUCAUAUUGACAACAUGUCAAUCAACAUCAGGCUGGCUGAUCUCAACCGACAUAUCAAUGGAGAUAAUUUCAGCCUGCAUGUCAACUGAUAGUCAACAAACAUGUCGCCCAAGUCUCAGGGCAUAUGUUGGCUUGAAAUUUUGCUUUCUGCCAUGUCCGAACCUUGCAAGCUAAUAUUUUGCAUCUGGAUCAGAAGGCUGCGAAGUGUACGACCUGUAAAUGGCUUUUGGUAAGUUUUAGCUCUUUAUAACACAACAGUGACCAGAAAACUUUUCGACUUGCCACAAAACACAUUUUUCAAUGGUUAAUUAAAGGGUUANCUGGACCACAGAAACAAAAAAAAAAGAACUAACGUGCAGGAAAUAUAACUUCAGAAGAAGAGUUGACCAUUAAGUAUCAGUUAAGUAUCGGCCAAAUGUUGGUGGCCUAUCAAUCAAUGUGUCGCCUGAUUAUCGGUCAAAAUACCAACCAACACUAAUAAAUCACUGGCUGACAUGUUGGUCAACAUGUCUGCCGACCCUGAUUCGACUAUCGGUCGUCAUAUUGACAACAUGUCAAUCAACAUCAGGCUGGCUGAUCUCAACCGACAUAUCAGUGGAGAUAAUUUCAGCCUGCAUGUCAACUGAUAGUCAACAAACAUGUCGCCCAAGUCUCAGGGCAUAUGUUGGCUUGAAAUUUUGCUUUCUGCCAUGCCCGAACCUUGCAAGCUAAUAUUUUGCAUCUGGAUCAGAAGGCUGCGAAGUGUACGACCUGUAAAUGGCUUUUGGUAAGUUUUAGCUCUUUAUAACACAACAGUGACCAGAAAACUUUUCGACUUGCCACAAAACACAUUUUUCAAUGGUUAAUUAAAGGGUUACAUCUAAUUCUAUUGAGCUAUAGUGUGUAGUGUUUAUACUUGUUGUGACAAACUGUUAACUAAAUAAACUACUUUUAAAUUUUAAAAAACUGUUUUAAAAAAACUUUUCUAUGUAAUUCAGGUUCCCUCCCUACUUUGAAAGUCAUUGACGUGUUUGGGGACAUACAUCUCAGGUCAAGCAGUGUACCAAACAGCAGAGCAUCACCACAGCCAAAUAGAUACCAUCAUAGAUCAGCAUCAUUACCUUCAUUAUCACCUAAUCCCUGCAGGUAUGAAAAACAGACUUUACACCAAUUAUAGUUUUUCUAAACAUAAUAUUAUUAUGGAGAGCAUUGGCAAUAAUUUUUCCUGUAAAUGUAAUUUCUCCUGUCAGUGUCUUUUCACUAGCUGUUACAUAAAUGUGGCUUUAUGCGCUAAGGUGAGGAUUAGGACUUGGCAGCUUCAUGAUGUUCGUAAUGAAUGAAAGCAUAAAUCUCAUUAAUGUUCAAUUCUGGACAAAACUGCAAAGGAUUGUAAAAUACAGUGAAACCUCUAUUAAGAGGACCCCCAAUUAAGCGGACACCCGCCUCUAUUAAGCGGACACUAAGCCGGGUCCCGAAACGAACAUCUGAUAUUUCCCUUUAUAACGAACCCCUAUUCAGCAGACACCUCUAUUGAGUGGACAAGGAAACUAAAAUAAGUUGUAUUUGGCUAAUUUCUAUUGUUAAAAACCUCUAUUUAGUGGACACCGGACAUAAUAAACAAUAGUAGUAUUGGAUUACGUCCUUGAAAUACAUACUGAAGUCAGUUAAUGUUUUUGCAUUUACAAACAAAUUAAAGUUUGUAAUGAAAAGGUAAUAAACUUGAACUCUCGAUACCUUCUUUAACAACAUGCAACUUUAUCACAGUACAGAGUAACCGUUGAAUGUUGAUCAUUAACAAACACUGCGCAAUUUUUACAACCCUUAUUAAGUGGACACCCUCUAUUAAGCAGACACUUGGGAAGGUCCCGAAGGUGUCCACUUAAUAGAGGUUUCACUGUAUAGCUUUUGGAGCUAAAUUACUUGGCACCAUUUUAGAUCAUUCAUAGCAGCUUGGCAGGCCUCUAUCAUGAGUAAUGUUCUUGCUGUCCGACAUACUGGUGAAAAGGUACUUACAAAAGAACACUGAAGCAGUGGAUCGAUCACUGCUUUGUUAAGUUUCAUUGCUGUGAAGCUAGUUGAGUACACUGUUUUGCUUAACUUUCUCUCUCAGCAUUUUUUAAAUUCACUCCCUCUAGACAAACAAAUUUUAGUUUUUUGUUCCUGUUGGAACUCCUGAACAUAAACCGUAAUGACUGGAAAUUACAAACAGAUACAUCUGUAUAUAAUUAUGUAGAUAAAAAAUGUUUUGUUCACUUUCUCCAACAGUCAGCCACUAUCCCCAUCAUGUACCCCAAAUUUCCGCGUCCCUCGUCCAUCACCUGUUUCUCCAACAGGGUUGACUGAAUACCAGAAACGAAUGCUAUGGAAAAAGAAUGUAAAACCUGCAUCAGCACCAUGUGAUGACAAUCGUCAUAAUCAGGGUGUCAAGAGUCAUGCAUCCAUCGUGGGUAUUCAUGAGUUGUAUGAAAAUGACGAGUUGUCGCGGGACUGGAAGGAUGUGUACAUUACAUCAGCAUAUCUUGUUUGGUGCCAAACCAACAGGGUAGGGUAGGCCAUCUAUUUUAAAACAAAAUUAAUAGAUUCCACGUCGCUGUGCAUAUGUUCAAUAAUAGAUCACAGAUGACGUCAAAAUGUGGUAAAAACAUUGAAGUGCCACACGAGCCGUAGGCGAGUGUGUCACUAAUGUCACACACCUUUGGCAACAUGGAAUCUUUUGUUUAAUGCAAUGACGAGAGAAGAAAAAAAUGGCAUACACCUACUUGCCUCACACCUCUUGACUGUUUGAGGAUUUGUGCUAGUUUAGGCAUUUUUUAAGAAGUCCCAAAUGUUACUUCUUGUCUCUGCUUCUUCUUUUCUUACAGUUUCUGUGAAAAGUUUUUCAAUGCCUUCACUUGCUCAAAGCAGAAUAAUCGCAAAAACAUUUUGCAAACCUGUGAGUCUCUUGCAGGGGCGGAUCUAGGGGGAGGGUGCAGGGGGUGUGCACCCCCCCUCCCCCCUGAGAUGACCUGCGGUUUUCUAAUACAACUGGUAUUAUGCAAAAAAAAUUGUGGUUUAUUGGUGUUGAAGUAGAGCAAGAGACGAGUGCACCCCCUCCUAAAAAAAAUCCUGGAUCCGCCCCUGUCUUGUAGCAAUGAUGCAGGGGUGAUACUCGAUGGCAACAGUUGUGAAGAUUUCUUGCUGUUUAGGCAUUCUCAAAUUGUCAAGAACUCUUUUUGUCUCCUGUUUCUCCAUUUUUUUUUGUUGUAACUAACUCCUGUUUAACUUUUUUCAAGGCUGUCACUUGCUUAAUAAUAAUCCAAAAUACAGUUUGUACUCUCACAAACAUUUUCAAAACCGUGCACCUUGUUGAACAAUUCAAAGAAAACAAGUGGCACAUGACGUCAUUCAUGUAUCUGUACUUUUAACAGGUCAUGGGCAAAGACCAAUCACAGCAUGCGUAGCAUUCAUAUCAUUGUAUAAAGAAUUAAUAUUUAGUGAACUUUGGCUGUGCUUUGGGAAUAUUAAUUGUAGGGAAUUUAAAAAGCUCCCCAUGAACAGUGAGUGCUAUGGCCAAGCUCAACUUUUGUGAGACAUAAAAUAUAGGUUGGUUUAUUCCAUGAUUGGUUUGAAAUACUGCUAAUCAAAAUGACUAUCCAGCUAUUACAGUCAAAUUUUGAGGUACAUGUGCAAACCAUAAAGAUACUAACUAGCAGUAGUAAAAACGGUUUGGCUGGGUCAGCACACAAACAACUGACACAAGUUAGCAUUAAGAGGAAAGACGCUUUUCAGUUUGAAAUUUGGUAGUGUCUAGUUUGCAUUGCUCAAAAACGUCUUUGCUGAAGCUCCCUAAAAUGUACCAGUCAGAACUCAAGUCAACUGCUAAUACACAUUAGUAAAAUCCAACUACUGGUCUAUUAUCAAUGCUGCAUUCUGAUUGGUUGGCCUUCAGCCUCAUGGGCCAUUGACAUAGAGCCUAUCCGGGCUCGAGGAAAAAUUGUUAAUUAUACUUUGUGCCAAGCAAGUGGAAAACCUGAUUUUCUUUGACUCCUCUGUGUGUUGUUUUUAUUGAAGCUAAUAGGUGUAUUUUUAAUUGUUAUUACAGAGGAAAAGGAGAAAAGCAAAGAGCACUGGGUAAGAUUUUUAAGCCACAACUUAGUUCAAGUUGUCAAGCAAUAAUAACGAAAAUGGAACUAAUUAGCCAUUUCAGAGUUGCCUAGGGAACUGGGGCAAGUUUCAAAUUCAAACUAAUCAAUAAACUGACACCACCAUAUAAAAGGUCAUGUUGAGAUUGGUUUUUUGAACAAGUUUGGUGCCCUAAGGUUGAACAGGGAUCAAGUUAUGACUCUUGAAAAAUGGUUAAAGAUCCACACAAACCUCUGUAAUUUUGUGACAGCAUCCCUCAAAACCAUAUAAACUCUUAAUUUUUUUCAUGAUUUCUGUGAUAUUCCUAAAAAUGGGCAAACACAGUGAUUUUCAAAUUAGUUCCUUCCAAGUUGUAGAUGCAUGACGAAUUUUACAGUUUAAAAGAGAAACUGAAAAUUUUUAAAGAGUUUAUAUGGUUUUGGGGGACGCUGUCACACAAUUAUAGAUGUUUGUAUGGAGCCAUGUUUCAAGAGUCAUAACUUGAUUCCUGUUCAAUUUAAGAACACCAAACUUGGCCAAAUAACCAAUCUCAACAUGACCUUUUAUAUGGUGGUGUCAGUUUAUCGAUUAGUUUAAAUUUGAAACUCGCCCCAGUUCCCUAUGCAACUCCGAAAUGGCACAUUGCUAGUAACUUGCUGAUAUUUUGCUACCUUAAGGUUAAUUAUGUAUGUAUAUUUCUUGCAUUCAGGUCGAUAAGGAAAGACCCUCGUAGAGUCACUUUUAAGGAUGUAACAGAAGACAUGAUUCCUGCAGCAAUGGAGAAAAUGAGACCUGUAAGUCAGAGUUUUUUUACUUACAAAAUGUCUAGCAAAUCUUGUCUACCUCAGAUAGUUUAAUUUUGUUUGCCUGGUACAUGAUUAAGAAUGCACUAUGAAUGUUGGAUGAGAAAAGAUCUUUUUUGCUAACAACAGACAUUUAGCUUUACUUUUUACAAAUUAAUAUGUCUUAAUUUUAGAUUUUAAAUUUGAAAGUAGUUCAUUAGGACUCUGCAGAAGAAUAAGUCAGCUCAACAGCUCUAAUCUAUGAAAUCGACCCUUUUGCCCAUCUCAGAGUGACUGUAAGUUCAUUGCGAAAACUUAAGACCUGGUUGUUUCACACCAGGCACAAGUCUUCCACUAGUGUUACAGCCCUACUAAGGGACGGACCAUUGGAAAAGUUAUGCGGAGGGUGUGGAAUUUUUGAGGUGAAUGAAUUUUUUUCAAAAACGUUUCCCUUAUGUGAAUCUUUUUAGGCCUUUGCAUGAAUAUUUUUAGGGUUAUUUGGCAUGCGUGAAUUUUUUUCAUUUAAUUUUCCAUUGCACAAAUAUUUUUUGACAGUUCGUCCCCCCUUCCCACACCCCCAUAACUUUUCUAAUGAUCCGUCCCUAAGCAGGUUGUCUCAGGGGUAGCAGAAGAUUUUUCCAAGUGAGGAUGCUGACUAGUGAAGCUGAGAAGACUCUCUUCUUAUUAAGACGGUAACUUUUUGGGAGAAGUGAGGUGGGUGCCCCUUCUCCGCCAUCCCUGUCUCUGGCUCAUCUACUGGAUAUAAUUAUUAUUGGCAAAUAAUUGGUCCACACUCUCUAUAACAUAGCGCAAGUGCUUGCCCUGUAUAAGUCUUAUUGAGUCACUAUGAAAAAAUUAACAAUUGGUUCAUGCUGAGCAGGAAGUUUGGAGAGCACGAGAGAAUCGUGAGACUAGAAAACUUGCAAUGCCUGGAGCAAUUCUUUUGCUACUCUCGUGCUCUUCAAACUUCCCGGUGCAUCCAUAACUCGAUAUUUACAUGCUAAGCAUGAACUAAUUCUUGUUACAUAAGGAUGGUGAAGAAAUUCAUGACAGAGGUCUCUUUUGCGAGUUCAUUAAAUGCACAGUUAUCAUUACUUUUUUUGACCAGAAACGUCCAGAACCUCGCAGAUCUCCGACAGUUGGACUACCUUAUGGUCCUAGUAGGUCCAGUUCUCAUCGACAAGUGCAUGUUCAACAUCUGGACCUCGGCAAAUAUGGGUAUGUGACAAAAAAUGGUUGUUAAACAGAUAGACAGCAAUUUUCCAUUGGACGUCAAAGGACGUCUAUUGUUUAUUCUUUUUUGUUUUGUUUGCCAUAAGUUGUACAAAGCAAAAAAAUCUAAUUAUUUAAACUCUCAUGGCGAGGAAGCCCAAGAGAAGCCACCGGGCUUAUAAGGAAUGGGCUCCCUCAGUUAGAUAAUUAGAGCAAAAUAUUAUCGUAAUUACACAUGGGAAAAUCAAUGGCAGAGCUACAGUAAAUCUUAAAAUAAAUAUAUUAGAUAGUCGUACUAAUCAUAGUUCUAGGCUAAAAAAAGCGAAAUGACAAAAAGAAAAAAAAAUGAAAAUAAAAGAGCAAAGGUCAAAUAAAAAAUAAACAAAAUGUUCAAAACAAAAUGUUCAAAACUUGAGGUGAAACUGGUUUCACUAAACAACAACAAAAAAAAGAGUCUCCAUAAGACGAGAAUUUCUUCAUGGGUAUGAAUAAUAAGUUAACUCAAAUUUAACUUCCUUUAGGUUGGAAGAUUUUGGUGAUUUUCCUAAGUCAGUGAUUGCCGGAAUCCUACAGCACAUCAAACCAAGGUUUGUGCCUUCGACUCUAUUUCCAAGCUCAUCGUAGCUGAUAAGCUAGGGUCAAUUCUCUACUAUGACAACUCCCCACAAUGGCCAAUUUUUGUCCCCCUCCGAACAAUCCAUACAUGGUACUCUCAUGGGUAUUUCCGAGGAAAUCGAAGUCGCAGCGAUCCCUACUGAUGAGACGACAAGCUUACCUAAUCCUAGAGAUUGAAACGACGAUUGCAUUGCCAUUCCGAUCAAGGCUGACAAUGUUGGUCGUGCGAUGGGUGCAAAGAAAUCUUCCAAAAAGUGUGCUGCACGUUAUAAGCAAAAAAUCUCUGAAAAAUAAGCAAAAUUUACUUGAACGAUAAAAGAAAAAAUAUAUAUAUAUAUAUGCUGCUCUUUUUUUUUCCUCGUUUCCGUUAUUGCGUUGUGGUUGGUCGUGAUCGCUAGAAGCGUUUCCGCACAAAAAUAAAAUAAAAUUCUUAGUAUAUGAUCAUUUCGUUGAAAAACUGACGACUUCAUGAAAACCGCGCGAAGAAAACGACUCCUCAAGGUUCCCAUAGAGAGACUCAUACAUUCACUCUCUCAAGGAAACAUCCUCUAAGUUGCAUCCCAACUGCCCAAAGACCUCCCCGUUAAUGGCCAUUUAAUAGCGACAGCGUACGAACGAUACGAGAAUGAUGAACACACUAAUACACUCCAGUACUUUUACAGACUUUGUUCGUCAACAUUAAAUCCUGGAAUAAAUUUAGUUCUAAAUUUUUUAUCUCUUUUUUUUUUUUUGUUUGACUUGUUUUGGUUUUUGUUACGUCGUAAUAGGUUUCAAUUCUGUACUUUUUUGAUUGACAUGUUUUGGUUUCUUUUUUCCACCACGCAAUGCUCAUUUUCAGGAGUAUGGCACUUGAUAAAGAUUUACCUUUGGGAUUAGAAUGUCAUCCAAAGCAACAAUCUAGCCCAAGAGGAGGAGAGACUGGUGCCAAGUUAGUGACAGCUGAUGCACCUGAGAAGAGCCUGGAACGGACUUUACAGGAUGAGAACUCACGAAUGCUUCUUGAUGUUGACAUUAAUUCUCACUUCACCCCUCCUGUGGGGGAGGAAAUCACUGACGACGAGGGAGGAGACAGGACGUUAGAUUCACCGAGACAAGGAACAAGGCCCGAGGCAAACAUGAUCAAAGCAGUUAGUGAAAAGCUAGCUGCAAGACAAGGCCGUUUAUUGUUGCCUCUUCCGUCAAUAGGUGUCCCAACACAGCGCAAAGCUAAGGAUAAGUUACAUCACUGUAUGAACUCCAUCCCUCACAACUUGGAUUUGGGCGUGGCCAUGGAGCCUGUCGAUGUAGUAUCUGUCACUCCGACACCCACAGGAACCCCAGCAGAGGAUGUCACAGCACAGGGAUCGCAACUAAAUAUUUUGGAUCGCCGCUCCAUGGAUGUGACUUUAGCUGCAAGUGAGCUUGAUUCACCAAAUGAUGAUCAGUGGCCGGUCAGAACUCAUAUGACCUCUGCACUUAGGUAUGCUGAACUAUUUUGAAAUUUGAACUCACAAAACAGCAAUCUAAAAUAUCCCAGGCUGCUCAAGGGGAUGGGGAUGGGGGGUUGAGGAUAACACACUUCAUGUCAAUGUAACCAGUCAAUUGGCCUAUUGCUUAGUUUCAAACCAAGGAGGGCCGGGUAUUAGUCGGUUUAUUAUGGGAUAAACAACACGAGACCCACAUAGUCAGGAAGAGCCGAAUGAGAUUAGAAAAAAUUUCAGGUUUGGUGUCGAUCGGGCCGAUAUUGAACAAGAUACAACUAUUUAAAAACUUAAAAAUUAACAAAAGAUGUAUGGGUAGAGCGGCUAACUCAAUGUUGUGCUCAAUCAGAAACUCAUAAGCUAUUGUGCUUUUUCGUGACAGUUCAGCGUCUUCUGAUACCGGCCUAAUUUGAGGUGUUUUGUUGCAGAUAUUCUCCAGUACCUGUGCGGGCACCAGCUCCUACCCCUAUCAGCCCGGAAAGGUAUGGACGCUACUCUCGGACACCAAACACAAGAGAACACAGCCACUCCAUUUCUUCUCGACAUAUGAGGCGCUGGGAAACACUAAGCAGUGUCUAUGAUCAAGACGAACCUGACCUCACCCGGGAAGCCCUUGGGAGUCCCGAGGGAGAAGGAGAGGAUGUCGUGCUGGAGCCUGUGUUUUUAACGGAAGAUGCUAUAUUACGCAACCCGAAGUUGAUGUCAUUUUCGAACCGAAAAGACGUCGAACAAUGGCCCCAAGAAAAAAUGAUCGUAAAUAUCAUUGAGGGGGAAGAAAUGCCGCGUUCAGUUCGCAGCCCGAGUCCUGGGAGUAAAACCUACAUUCCUCAGGACAUUCUGGCUGAAUUCCAUGGAGACCUUUAUGGAAGAACAGAAAUGCACAUUGCUGGUCACAAAAUGACCGGGAAACAAAAUUUUGGCCCGGAAUCCCUUAUAUCAACAGAUGUACCAGCGUACAUUGCCCCAGCCUGGCGACCACCUCGCUCAAGGACUCCAAUUCAGUUCUUAGAAACACCCUCUCGGAAAGCUCCAAGGCCGCUGAGGCAGCCCCCGGCAGAAAGUGUGCCUAAGUCCUUAACUGUUCAGUCGUUGCGAGGUCGAGCCAUACGAAGGCCCAAGAGUACCCCUCCUCGUAUUGGUUCUCCUGGGGAGUCCUCAAAGGAUUUGCCUGUACAACAAAUUUUGUCUGACUCAUCUCUUGUUCAUUCAACACGGGAAGUCAUAGACACUUAUUCCAUGGCCGUGCCGGCCACAUCACCAUCUGUGGGUGCAAAUGGCUCCAUUCCCCCACCACCAUCUCCUGAGGCUCAGAUAAUAACCUCGGUAGUUCCCAGUACCCUUAAACUUGAUCCUGUGAGUGAGGCUGAAGAGAAAAGUAGCAUAGCUUCGGCCAGUGUGGCGGAUGGAACAAGUCAUGUGGAAGGAUGCAACACUGUUGCUAACCUCUCGGAAGUCGAGGAAGAAAACGAAGAAGUUAAACUGAGUCGGGGAACGGAAGAAGUCCUCAAUGGAAGUAGGAAGGAACAAGAAACAGCUGCUGAAACCAGUGCAGUCGCGGAAACGGGUAAAGAGAAUAAAGAAGACGCUGAACCUAACAAGACACAGCUAAUUGGUGAAGAGCGUCUCUCUCCCACUGACAAACUGUUUCAAUCUGCAGACGCUGUUAGAAGUCAAACGCUGCCGGAAGAAAACACGACUGUCACGAAGGAAGCUGAAAGUAAUACACCCCCAGAAGAUCCAGUGAAUCAGACAGACGAUUCCGAGAGAAAACAGGAAGAAAUUCUAUCCGAAAAUAACACGGUGACGGAAACGUCACGUAACAAUGAAGAAGAAACCACAGCCCCUCCUCAUCCCCCUGGAUCACCAGACAUAAUCAACACGCCAGACUUCACUGAGGGACUGGACAUGAACCUCGAUUUAGAAGCCGAGUUACGCGCGGCUAUGGAAGGACUUGAGGAUUUAGAUGACAAUACGGAUGGGGAGGGAGGUGAAAAGCGGGCUUCUCCUGAAUUAGAGGCCUGGUAACUAAAAAGGCGAUAGGUUGUCGGAUAAUCUGAAUUUUGAAUAUGUUUUUGAGAGGAAUUAGGUAACAAGAUGUUCUUCCCCUUUUUAAUUAAAGAGUAUACUUUUAGGAAGUAUCUG